CAAAAUGUCAUAUACUAAGUUCACAAACACUCAUCUUUGUGAUAACGGAGUUCUUUACGCUAAUACCGAUCUUUAUGUUGAUAACGAUAAGGGGAUAAUAGUUGAUGAUAUUCCGGCUAAUGCAAAAGUUAGUAUUGUUGAUUUGGAAGGAAAUAUUUUAGCACCUGGGUACAUUGAUAUUCAAAAUAACGGAAUCUAUGGAUUAAAUUUCUCAUCUUUGAACGGAGAAUCAACUUUGGAAGAUGUUAAACAAUUCAAGAAUUUUUAUAAAGAUUGUAUGAAUAAAUAUUUGAAAACGGGAGUUACUUCGAUGUGUCCAACGGUUACUUCUAAUUUCCCGGAGGUUUAUGAAAAAGUGCUACCAAUAUAUCAAGAAGGAAGAUCCAGAGAGCAAUGUGAUUCAUUGGGGGCUCAUAUAGAGGGUCCAUUUAUAAAUAUCAAAAAGAAAGGAUGUCAUCCACCAGAGACUUUUGUCGAUGCUAAAAGCAAAAGCAAAUUAGAAGAAGUUUAUGGAGAAGAGAAUUUAAUUAAUAAUGUUUGCAUAUUAACUGCAGCACCAGAAAUCGAUGGUGUUUUAGAAUUGAUACCUAAAAUUAAGCUGAAAAAUAUUACUUUUUCAAUUGGUCAUACUACUAGUGAUUAUCAAACUGGAUUAAAAGCCGUCGAAUCAGGUGCCACUAUGGUGACUCAUUUAUAUAAUGCCAUGCCUCAACCGCAUCAUCGUGAUGUUGGAGUAGUUGGACUAAUCACCAAUCCUAAGACAGAACAAACGCCAUAUUUUGGUUUAAUAAGUGAUGGUGUUCAUGUCGAUCCUUCUAUGGUUACUUUUGCUUAUCGCUCAAAUCCAGAUAAAUGUAUACUUGUCACUGAUGCAAUGCAUUUAAUUGGUUUACCCGAUGGUACUUAUAAAUGGGAUCAACAAGAAAUUACCAAGACUGGUCCAAUUCUUUAUUUAAAAGGAACCAAAACUUUAGCCGGUGCUGCUACCACCUUACCUCAAUGUGUUAGAAACUUAAUGAAAUGGGCUAACGUUCCUCUUGCCAAAGCGGUUAAGACCGUUACUAAUACCCCCUCGAUAUCAAUUGGUAAACAAGAUUGUAAAGGAUUUUUAAAUGCUGGAUGUGAUGCUGAUUUGGUGGUUUUAGAUACUAAAGGUUUUGUUAAGAAAAUCUACAAAUUGGGUAAACUAGUGAAACCAAUUGACGAGGAUCACCCUGGUAAGCUAAUGGCUGCUUUGUGAUGUAAGAUGUAUAGAUAAUGAAAUAUAUAAGAAGAAACAUAAAUAUAUAUAUAUAUAUAUAAAGUUAUAAAAAACAUCCGU